CAUGACAACGUACAUUGCCAUACAACUGAUGUGAAAGACCAGCGCAGUUGUUUCACCAAUCUGUAGCUCAUUUGGACGGUCUCCUAAAGGUCCAGGUUGUGGCUACACCACACACCCUUGAUGUAGUUCACUAGACGGCCAGCUAAAGGCUACUGUCCGAGGAACUGAGUAUUUGUGUCAGAAGAAGGCCAUUACAGCGGGACACAUUCAUCACUAUGGUCGUUUCAGCUGAAGAGGUGGCUUCGUCCGUUGUACGAGAGUAUCUGAACCGAAAGGGGCUCAAGAGGACGAUUGCCUGCAUGGACGAAGAAUAUCCUCGCACAAAGGCCAGUAUUAACAACAGAUCACAUCUGAGGCAGAUUCUACACAUGGAGGGGCUCUAUCGAAAUAAUAAAGUUCAGAACACCCCCUUGAAAACAUUACUCGAGAUUAUUGUCAAGCAUCAUAUUGAGGGGCAGGACAAGACCCCCAGCAAUGAAAGUUAUCCCCGUCAGUCUGAUCAAGCUAAGAGCUGGAUUUCUAAUUCUCCUGCAGAAACAGCGAUGAAUGACACAAAAACAGAUGAGAGCACAACGGCUUUUGUUAUUGGGAAACACAACAAAUUAAGAUCUGAUAUAGGAGACUUCCGCCCUUCUCAACUUGAAACAGACCCACUGUCCAGCCAAUAUCAAACAGGUUUCUGGGCCUAUGACUUAGAAGAACAAAAAGACCAGCCACUGAGGGCUUCCCUCCACGACAAUGAACGCCUCACCAGAGCUGAAACUGAGAAAAAGCUUUCCAUGAUUACUGAGAGCACCCAAAGGAACAGAAGUAAUCGAAUUAGACGUGGAAUGAUGGCUGGACCAAUAGCUAGCACAGCUCAGGAAUCAAACAAAAAAAGGCAGACUCGAAAGCUUGAAGGGUCCCAGCCGCUGCUAAAAAGAGAUGAAGACAACAGGCAGUGUAAGGACGGGGUUUUAGUGGCGGGCAAACGUCAAAAAAGCCCAGAAAGCAGCCAAACACAAAUACGCUCAGCUAACUGUGUUGAAGGGCAAUGGGAGAUGUGGAGUGAACCCGAAAGACUGCAGAGGGAGAACAGCUUUGACAAAGCUCAACAAGACGUACGGAAGACUACAAAAGUGAAGUCUUUGUCCAGUCCAACUGUGGCAGAUUUGGAUGUGUCUGAGAUGGUUUUAGAUGACAUUGAUGAUGAUGAUGAUGAUGACGAUCUGGGAGAACUCUCCAAAGUGUCCUUUCAGCGGACUGUCCCAGAGCACAGCCAUGCAGGCCACCCCAUGGACCAACACACCGCCAUGGAAUUGAAAGCUGUUCUUCUGGGUACCAGCCUAAAUUGUUUCAGUGUUGAAUGGAGAAAUCAGGGUCUCACGUUCUCAGAAACACAUGAUCUGAGAUACGGAAUCGUGCAGAAAAAGGGUGGUCCUUGUGGAGUUCUGGCAUCCUUCCAAGCCUUUGUUCUAAAGAAACUGCUGUUUGAAUACACUGAAAGCAGUAGUAUAGGCCUUCAGAGGUUAAGACCUUCUAAUUCUACCAGAAGAAAGUGUCUUGUUUUAGCGACUGCGGAAAUACUUUGGAGGGCUGGCGAGGAAAACCAAGCUACGAUUGCAAUAAAUUCAGGAAGAAAUCACUUCACCCCAGCAGGAUACUACAAAUCUGAAGGAGUGCUUGAAAAGAUAACAUGUUUCACUGUGGAUAACUUCAUGGACCUGCAGUCCCUUCUGGAGCGGCACAUUGAUCAGUUUGAGACUGGGGCGUUAGGAUGCCUUCUGCUCAGCAUAUCUGCUGUCCUCUCUCGAACCGUUGAAAAAGUAAGAGAGGAUAUGGACGUGCACACUAACACACUCAUUGGAGCCCAUGGCUACUGCACACAGGAGCUGGUGAAUCUGUUGCUCUGCGGCAGGGCAGUUUCUAAUGUCUUUGACAAUGACAUUGAGCUGGAUUCAGGCAAUGGCAACAUGACUCUACUGAAGGGAGUCAAAGACCACUGUGACGUGGGCCUGCUGUCCCUGUUUGAACACUAUAACAUCUGCAAGGUAGGAGCUUACCUAAAGACUCCCCGUUACCCUAUUUGGGUGGUGUGCAGUGAAAGCCACUUCAGCGUGCUGUUUGGCCUGCAGAGGGAGCUGUUGACCGACCAGGACAAGGGCCUGGAGUUUGACCUCUACUAUUAUGAUGGACUGGCCAAUCAACAGGAGGAGAUCCGCCUCACUGUCUUUGUUGGCAAAUCGUCCCUAAGCGAUCAAGAUGUGGACACUGAUCUCAUCCCUCCGCUGGAGCACUGCAUCCGAACAAGGUGGAAAGAUGCAUUCGUCAAUUGGAACGACACAGAGCCUAUUCUCUGAUGCUUUGAUCGUAUCAAUCAUCCACCGACAAGAAACCUUAUGCAUUAUCAAUAGAGAUUUUCAUACAUUUUAUGAUGUUUUCUUCAUAUUUAUCUUUUUAUUAUUAUAACCAUUGUUUGGUUGUGAGAAACAUGUUGUGCCAUUUGUUUACAUGAUGGUCUGGAUGUUAUAUACUGUAUCACACUAUGUAUGUACAUCUGAGAGCAUUUGAAAGAGUGCAAUUAAAAAAAAAAAGGGUUGCUGUUAGAUAGUGCAUCUUACAGCUGUUGACCUCAGUGGCCUUUACUCUUGUUGUCCUUAUUUUAAACUUCAUAGGGAAGAGCUCCCUGCUCAUUAGAAAAUAACUUAAUAUGUGAGUUUUAAUCAAGAUCAGUUGAAAAUGAACUUUCACAUCAUGUCUUAACUUGUUACUCACUGUAUUAUCUUCCAGUUAGAAUGUGUAAUAGCCUAAAAUCUAAUUGCCUUUUAUUAUGUGCAUGCUUUAAAUGAAAUAAUCUGUUGGGUUGUACUGUUUUUGUUUUUUUCAAUGCUUCAUUUCUAUUCUGAUGUGUUGUCAGGAGAGUAAAUUAAAUAAAUAUGGACGGGCAUUUGUGUUUGUUAAAGAGAGUGAAUAUUAUAUUACAUUGCCUCAAUGAGUUUCCACUUUUGAAAACCUCAUGUGGAACAGAAAAUAAAAUGGUGGUUCUGUGUUUCA